UGGAAUUUAAUCUCACACGCGAUGGGAGUCACUGGACUGUGGAGACUUAUAGAGCCCGCAGGCAAACCGGUCCCCGUGGAGACUUUGGAGAACAAAGUGCUCGCAGUCGAUAUAUCAAUAUGGUUGCAUCAGAUGGUCAAAGGAUACCAAGAUGCAAAAGGAGCUCCUGUGGCAAACGCCCACCUUAUGGGAUUAUUUCAACGUCUUUGCAAAUUACUAUACUUUAGAAUAAAACCAGUAUUUGUCUUUGACGGUGGAUACCCUGAUUUAAAAAAAGAAACAAUUGCUAAAAGACAAGAUCAUAAAUCUAAACUUAAUUCUGAAUCAGAAAGAUUAAAAAGAGAGCUAGCACUAUUACUUGGGAAACGGACAGCUAUUGGUAGUUUAUUGGGAAAGCAGAUAUCUCCGAAGAAAGGCACCACUACAACAGAGGUUGAUAGAGAUGACAUAUUUAAAUUGCCAGCGUUGCCACAAAAAGAAGAAACUGAGUCAGAGUCUGAAGAUGAACAAGAUUCUAGUGCAUCCACAGUUGACCUACACACUGUUGAUGUGGAGUCUGAUAACUUCAAAAACAUGCCUGCCAAAGAAAAGUAUGAUUUACUUGUUGAAUUAAAAGAAACAAGAAAGAUGAAUUCAUGGGGAAAGCUACAUACACUGCCAAAGAAAAGUGAUCAAUUCUCAGAUUUUCAAAUGGAAAGAUUACUCAAACGUAGAAAAAUACAAGAAUGUUUGGAAGAAACAGAAAAAGAAAUGGGAGAUGACACAAUGUCUAUAAAUGAGCUUGAAUCUUUGUUAAAUGAUGAAGGUAUUGAUACGAAAAUUGAAGAACUACCUACUCGCAGAAUCGCCUCUAAUAAUACUACAAGGUACUUACUCAUUAAUAAUGUAAAACAAGCAUUAGCAGAUGCAAAAAAGAAAAAAGAACUACUCAGUAAAAAAGAAGAAGAGAAAACUACUCCUGAAGAGGAAACUAGUGUAAAACCUAAAACAGAAGAUGAAGAACUGGAAAUGGCAAUAAAAAUGUCAAUGGAAUGUGUAGAAGAUGCUAAUACAACUGCCAAUACUUCUAAAACAGAUGAUUCUUGGACCUCAAAUCUGUCAGAUUCAGAAUGUUCAUAUUCUUAUUCAGAAGAUGAAGGUGAGGGUGAAGAUAUUGAACAGCCAGAUAUGUCCUCUGCCAAGGCAUAUAUUGCACAAUAUAGUGACUUUACCUACAAAGCCAUUGAUAAUAUUGUAACAUACAAAAGUAGUGGCUCCAAAACUAAACCAAAAGUCCCUAAAAUAGAUGAAAUAAUCAAGGAACUUGAAAAUGAAAAAUCGAUUAUAGUAGACAAAGUUGAUUUGUCAUCAGAUGAAGAUAAUAAAAUCCAUAGUAUUGAGUUCAAAGUACCAGAACCAUGUCCAUUGGAAAUUGAAAAGAACAUGAUAGCUGAUGGUAUAAAUGAUACACAGCAAUCAGUUAUUGCUGUUGAAAACCAAUCUAUUGGUGUAAUAAAUUUGGACACAAGCACUGAAGAGGAAAAAACAGAAUUAAAGAAUACUGUAUCUGAUUCUCUUGAGACAACUGUUCAAAGCGAAUUAUCAGAUUCUAGUGACAAUGAGUUUGAAGAAGUGCUAGAAGAAAAUAAAUCAAACAAGCCAAUUGUUGAGCUCACUCUCAACAUGGGGGAAGUUCCGGAUGAUGAUAUUUUCGCUGACGUUUUUGAGGACAGAAAACAAGAAAACAUCAAAGAAAAUCAAGAAAGUAAACAGCAACCAACAAUCUUGAAUACUAAUACUGAUUUGUAUGAAAUUAAAGUGAAAGAAGAUCCUGAUGUCGAAAUUUAUAAAAUAGAUGAAGAUAGAGAAAUAUCCGAUAUUCCAAAAAUAGACAAAUCAACUACGGAGGAAGAAGGCUCUGAUGCCCAAGAACAAAAAGAUAUUGUUACAUCCUUAGAAGAAAACAAUCAGGCUGUAAUUAAUAAGCCAUCAAAACAAUUAACUACUGAAGAUUUAAAUUCAAUGAUGACUGAGAUUCAAAGCAAAGAGGAUCAAUUGUUACAAGAAAAAGGAAAAAUGGAUCGAAUUGGUCGAAAUAUAACAGAGGAAAUGACAAAAGAUGCACAAGAGUUGCUUCAAAUUUUUGGUAUCCCUUACAUAGUUGCUCCAAUGGAGGCAGAGGCACAAUGUGCAUUUCUUGAACAUGUUAAACUAACAGAUGGGACCAUAACUGAUGAUAGUGAUAUUUGGUUAUUCGGUGGAAAGACGGUUUAUAAGAAUUUCUUUAAUCAUAAGAAGCAUGUCAUGCAGUUUCUUUCAGAAAGAAUAGAGAGGUCAUUUAAUUUAUCUCGAGAACAGUUAAUAUUAUUUGCACUGCUAGUUGGUAGUGAUUACACAAUGGGUGUGUCUGGUAUCGGCCCAGUAACUGCUCUAGAAAUCCUGGCUUCCUUUCCAUUUAGCAAGAGAAAAUUCCUCGAUGAGUCUUCCAAACAAGCGCAGUACUUCCAAAUAAUAGCUGGUCUGCAGGAGUUCAAGAAAUGGGUGCGAGCAGGAAAGAGAACGGAUAAUAUUAAACUAAAGAAAAAGAUAAAAAAUGUUCAAUUAACAGAUGAUUUCCCAAGUAUGAGGGUAGUUCAAGCAUACUUAGAGCCUAAUGUUGAGAAAAGUGAUGAAAAAUUUACAUGGGGAAAUAUCGACAUUACUAUCUUAAGAGAUUAUACUAAAACGAAAUUCGGUUGGUCACAGAACAAACUGGAUGAAAUCAUAAAGCCCGUAUUAAGCAGAAUAAACGAGCGCAGAGCACAAAGAUCGGUGCAAGAUUAUUUUAAGACAAAUAUAGGUAUUCAGUCACUCGAGGAUAAAAUGAGUAAAAGAGUUAAAGCCGCGGUACAAAUGAUGGACCCGGAAUAUAAAGAACAAGUAAAUGAAGAUACCGCAUCUAUUACUGACGAAAAAAAGAUAAAAAGAAAAGCAAAAGGUAAAAUGGUUAAUGAUCUUUCAGAACCAUCGACAAGUAAAAAGAAAAAAGCUGAGAAUACCGCAGUAACUACAGUUAUCAAUAUUAAUCAAGGUAAUUGUCAAGGCUUCGAAGUCAUCAUUCCUAAAACCGAUAGAUUCCAAGAGAUAAUACCUCAGAGAGAACAAGACAAACAGAUUAUUUUACAGAAUAAGUUAAAAGCGAUAGAAAUAUUCAGAAAAACUAAACUUGACAGAAAAGUUAAACGCACGAAAAGGAACGUAAUCAAACCAAAGGCAGAAGCAGAGCUGUCAGAAAGCAGUGAUGAGUGAUAAAAAAUAAAUGUGAUAUUUCUUUAAUAAAAUUCCAAUUUAAAAUAUUAA